CCCGCCCUUAUCUCAUGAAUAUUUUUGCCGGAUCUUUCGGGUAACUUAUGUGCGAAAGAAGAAGAGGGAUCAGCUUGAGUAUAGGAACAAUCAUACCCAUAAAAGAGGGGGGGGGGAGCGGAUUUGCUAAAAAUCGGGCAUAAUGUACCAUCCCCGGGCAAGGCAACACUUAAAACAGACUCGAUCCACCGGUAACAGCGCCACCACGAGGCAGUGCUAAACAUCAUCAGCGGUAAGCAUUAUUCGCCCCCACUGCCUUGUUUUUUGAUGGGGCGAAUUUGAUGCCAUUGGAUUAUACGUAGCUGAGAUUAAACUCGAAAGCAAACUAAAACGAAACUCUGUAAUAUUGUGUUAUAUUUCUAUGCAUUUUAAAGAUGAGAAUGAAAAAUAAGCACAUCAUUGUUCUGGCUGUUGUCGUCACUUUGUGUUGUGUAUACUUCUUUGUCUUUGGUCGUAGCAGCAAUGAAGAAAACAGUCCUAACUGGGAGAGUCGAAGAGUUCUUCGCUUCGACCAAGUCACCCGGGAUUCAUCACGCAUCAUCACUUACAGCUACCCCAUCUCAAACAACUUCAGCAUCAGCAAUGAGACCAUCGACAUCUCCAAGGCAAUGCCUGAUUGGAAGGAGCUCGACCACAGGAUCGUUGUUGUGACGGGUUUUAGCCAGCACUUAGCGUACUUCGGUCUGGGGAUGAUUGCAUCAGUGCAAGCUCAUAUGCCACUCAAGAAGAUCAUCGUAUACAAUUUAGGGAUUCACCCAAAACUUGUCAAAACGAUGAAACAGAUGUGUAACGUUGAAGUGAGACGCUUCAACUUUGAUAAAUAUCCAAAGCAUGUACAGAAUACAAAAACCCAAGCUUGGAGAGUCUUUGCACUGCUGGAUGUACUGAAUGAGUUUGGUGGCUAUUUCUACGUCGACCCUCGCGUUCGCUUCCGUGCUCCGAUAAACCUCCUCAUCCCAUUUGUGUCGGCCCACGGCGGCUUCAUCGCCAAAAUGGACAAGUUGAACACAACCUUAGAGAUAACCCACCCUACCCUGUAUCACCUCUUCGGCUUACACAUGGAAGACUUCAACAAGCACUUCCCGAAAGCUCCCGCCAUGUCGCAGGACGCUUUUCUCGUUGUCAACAGCUCUGUACUGCACACCAAAAUCUGGACUCCGCUGGUCACCUGCGCCAUGAAGUUUAAGUGUAUCGCGCCGUACGGAUCGACCCCGGACAACGUUGUGCCGUACGGACGCACCCACACCCACAGGUAUGACUUCACUGCAACGGCGUUGUUGUUGUACCGUACUUUCUUGACACGGUGGUACACCGACUCUAGGAUGAACGCCAUGCUGGAUAAGAUACAUGAUACUAUCGAACCGGGGGGCGUACAUGACUACAUCUGGGCACACUACUGCAAUCCACCCAAGAGUGAAGUAGACUGUAGUGUCCACAAAAACAGGUGCUAAUAGUGGAUUUGAUUUUAUUGUACAAUAGUUGGUUAAGUUCUUUAUCUUUAAAGCAACUAAGUUAGUGAGAGAGUCAUGGAGUAAAGCCCGGUUAGUAGUUUCUGCGAAUGCCAAUGACCUUUGUAGUCACAGGGCUAGUUCUGCUGCAAAUGUUUUCGCAAGAGUAGUUCAUUUGAUUUUGUGACGUCAAAAUUGGUAGUGCAUUCGCAGGUACUAAAAUUCCGAUUUUGUAUGUUUUUAUUUGAUGAGAAAUUCAGCAGCUUCUACCAGUUUUUAAUGUGCAGAUAGUGUUUUUUCAGACAGUGCGGCGCAAUUGAUCGAUGGGGUGGAUUGACCGAAAGAUUGACUGAAGCCAGGAGACCAACAGGGCCCAAUUUCAUAGUGCUGCUUAAGUAGAAAAUAAUAAUUGCUAAAACAUUUUCUGCUUAGCAAAAA